AUGUUCAAGCUCGCGUGUAGAAGGCAAUUUGCCUCUGCGCUGAAGGGCAAGCAAGACUCUCAUAUCAGACAAUCCCUCCUCCAACAACGCCGCAACCUCUCCAUCCACGAAUACCGCUCCGCCCAACUCCUCGACAGCUAUGGUAUCGGCGUGCCCAAAGGUAGCGUCGCUCACAACGCACAAGAAGCCGAAGCAGUUGCAAAAAGCAUCGCCGGAGACGACAUGGUCAUUAAAGCCCAAGUGCUAGCCGGAGGACGUGGAAAGGGCCACUUCGACAAUGGCUUCAAGGGUGGGGUGAGAAUCGUCUACAGCCCGCGCGAAGCCAGCAUUCUCGCCGACCAGAUGAUUGGGCAUAAGCUUAUCACCAAGCAGACUGGUGAGCGCGGUCGUAUCUGCAACAGUGUCUACAUUGUAGAGCGCAAGUUUGCUCGACGAGAAUUCUACCUCGCCAUCCUCAUGGACCGUGGAAGUCAGAGCCCGGUCAUCGUCGCGAGUAGCCAAGGAGGAAUGGACAUUGAGACGGUCGCCAAGGAGAACCCCGAAGCAAUCAUCUCAACCAAAGUCGACAUCCACAAAGGUGUCACCGACGAAAUGGCCACGACCAUCGCCCAACAACUCGGCUUCAGCGAACAAUGUGUCGACUCGGCCAAAGACACGAUCCAGAAACUCUACAAAGUCUUCAUGGAAAAGGACGCCACGCAGAUCGAAAUCAACCCCUUGUCUGAAACCUCUGACCAUGAGGUAUUGUGCAUGGACGCCAAGUUGACCUUUGACGACAACGCCGACUUUCGCCAAGAAGACAUCUUCAACUGGCGCGAUACCACGCAAGAAGACGCCGAUGAAGUCGCCGCGGCGAAAUCCGGCUUGAACUUCAUCAAACUGGACGGCGACAUCGGAUGUCUCGUCAACGGCGCCGGGCUAGCAAUGGCAACCAUGGACAUCAUCAAGCUCAACGGCGGCUCACCAGCAAAUUUCCUCGACGUAGGAGGAGGGGCUACACCGGAAGCGAUCCAGCAGGCUUUCGACCUCAUCACUUCCGAUCCCAAGGUGACGGCCAUCUUCGUCAACAUCUUCGGCGGAAUCGUAAGAUGUGAUGCCAUUGCCAAGGGCCUCAUAAGCGUGGUGGAGAAUAUGAACCUCCGAACGCCGGUGAUUGCGCGGUUGCAGGGGACGAAUAUGGAAAUGGCGCAUAAGCUCAUCAACGAAUCAGGCCUCAAGAUCUUUUCCAUUGAUGACUUGCAGACUGCGGCGGAGAAGAGCGUCCAGUUUUCCAAGGUUGUGAAGAUGGCGAGGGAUAUUGAUGUUGGGGUGGAGUUCACGCUUGGGAUCUAG